AUGGCCGACAUGAUGUUUGGAUCAUGGAAACGGGAACAGGAACAGCUCCUGCAGCACCACCACUCGCCCCAGGAUGGGCCCGACUCACAAGAUGGCCACACAGACGACCACCUCGAUGUGCACAGCGGACGCGGUGGCAACGCAUCGUCGGCCACAGGACGCAAAGUGAGCAGCGGCAGCAGUGCGGCCCCAGCGAACCCCGACGACAACCGAGAUGAUUCACAACAAGAAGCAGCGUACCAAAAGCCUCAGAAUCAGCCCACCGAAGUCAUCCUGCGCGGCUACCGCUCCGCCGACUAUCAGUACGCGGCGCUGCACCACUACGAGCAGAUCGCCGGUCGCAUCUGCGAAGACUAUCCACGCGACCCACCUAUUGGCAGCCGGCGAUAUCGGUCGAGCCUCCGCGACGGCGCUGCUCGCAGCGCGGCCACGUUGGCGUCCAACGGCCGGUCAGCCUUGACACCCGCGGAGCGGCAGGCUGUGAUGCGUGCUGCCAGCGGGCAGCACUGGGUCAAGGUGACGUUUGAGUCGGCACAAGCGGCCGAUGCGGCCCUGUAUGCGUCGCCACAGCGGAUUCUGGGCCAUCUGGUGACGGCCGAGCUGUACCGAGGCGUGCCCUUGCCGGCGGCCGAGGACGUGGCGAUACAAGACCCGGAUGCACUGGACGAGUACGAGCGGGCCGCGCACGGCGGCUCCCAGGGCGGUCAGGGCAACGACCACGGCUUUGGUCGGUAUUCGGUGACAUCGUCACAUACGGUGGAUUCGGGCACGGUGACGCACGACGACCCAUUUGGAGCUGGGUCACGGUCGUCGGCUACCGGCUCCUCCUCCGCUACGAUGACGGGGUCCGCCCUCCGACGCCAGGCAUGGCCUGCUUCGGAGGACGGCGCGCGGGUGGACCUGGACAAUGCUGCCGCCGCAACGCCAUCUGAACAACAACAGCAGCAGCAGCAGCAGCAGGCCGCGGCAACCGCAGCCGACAACGAGUUCUGCCAGCGGAUCCCAACCGCACGCCGGGCGACACUCAAAGCACCCGAGUUGGCCCUGCUGCCGACCGAGUCGACGAUGCGGCGGUUUGUCAAGCGACUGCCGCUGCUGCACCGGCUGACGGGCACAAUCAUUGGCAACCAGGUGCCGCGGCGCGAGAACGGACUGUUCGACUGGGAGAAGGCGAGUCUGUACUGGAAACUGAUCUGGUGGCUCGACUACCUGUUCCUGCUGUUUGCAGGCGAAAUUCUCGACGCAAAUAGGGAUGAGUAG